AUGGAUGACAACUUUGACGUCAUGCAGCUAGAGCACGACGACGAUGAUCCUGAACGGGUCGAGGAGCAACUAGAGAACGAGAAGAAGCUUGAAGCCAGAUAUCAGAAGCUGGAGAUGCACGGGCAGCAUAUGCAGGUGAUGGAAGAUGAUGAGUUGCUCUCUCAAAGGCGCGUUCUGCAGAUGCGGCAGCAGGGUGAAGCUGCUUUGUUGGCUGCAGAAGCCCGGGCGAAAGAUGCCCACAAGAAGCGCGAAGAUGUCGAGGCUCAACUCGAAGAGAUCCGCGCGGAGAUCUACAGCAUCAUGGAAGUAGAGGCAGCCCAACGGGAACAGCUGGCAAGUCGCUUGACGUCGGCGGAUAUACGUACAGCCCGUGCGGUAAUGGAUGUGGAUGUCAAGAUGCAAGCGCUUCGUGGAGAAGCGGACUACUCCACGAGAAGCACCUUCCAAGGGUUGCAGCAAGAGCAUCAUCAUGCCUGGGCCUUGCAAGAUCGUCUUGGAGGCUUGAAAGAGGUGGUGACCGGAGUCAGAGCCUGUGAGCGGGAUCAAGAACUCCAGCGCGUGCCGAAGGUCAUGCCACGACCGUUUGACCUUGAAGAAUCCCCGUUCAAUGGUUUUGGCACGUUUGGAUCCUCGCGGCCACCGCAAGUGCCCAAAGGGUUCUAUGCGGAGGCCGCGCCAGCGGCCGCGCAGGCCGCGCAGGCACAGGUUGGAAGCAAUCGAGAUUCCGAGAAGCAUUGCGCAGCUCUUUGCGAGAAUAUUGCGCCCCUGCAUACGUACAAUUCAUUGGGGGAGUUUGAAAAGGCUGAGGACUAUUUGCGUCAGGCCUUGAAGUUCAUCGAGCAGGAAUCUGGAAUGAACAAGGGAAACCGAGGUGGAGUCCUUCUGGGGUUGGGCAUUGUGAGGGACCGGCUCGGAAAGCACAAGGAAGCUCUCCCAGUCUGCGUCAAGGCCUACGAGUUCUACAAGGAACGUGCCAAUGGCGCACCUGCAUCUCUGCAGGCCAAGGCUGGCAUCUCCUGUGCCAAGAUCCACGCCAAGCUAGGUGAUCUCAAGAAGGCGGAGAGUUACAUUCGCGAGGCUGUUGAGAUGUACGAGAUCACCUGCGGUGAGACGUCGCCUUUGACAGCCAGCGCGUACCAUGAGCUUGGCAAGUGUUUGUGGGGUCAGAGGAGACGAGAAGAUGCUCAGAAGGCGGAGCUUCAGUGGGAGUACGCUGGCGAAGGGGGUGCAAACAUCAUCCUACGGUACGUCGGCGGAUGCGAGGACUUUCGGGGCUGCGUGCUCCGACUUCGAAAGGGCUUCAAGAUUCCGAAGAGCAACAGAAAGGUCCAAGAGGACAUAAGAUUUCAAAGGUCAGUCCUUCGGCAAAUCUUGGAUAGCUACAUAUCUCCUGGAUCACUGGUGGAGUUGGACCUGGAAUUGGUUUCUUUGAUCUGGAGCGAUUCCUUAGUCCAAGCUGCCCGUCCUCCAGACCGUGUGCAGCGCGAUAGUGCCUUGCACACAAGCACAUCUGAUGGGAAUCUGCUUUUAGGUAUGCUUUGUGCCGACCUGAGCUUUUGCCCAAACGGAUUCAGUUUUGAGAUCAAACCCAAGCUUGGGGUAGCAGACUGUGGGGUGCCAGAAUGCGGCGUUGACGGUGUCCCUCGAUUCACCAUGCUUCAGUGCAUCGACUUCCCCAAGAAGAAGCCCACACUGUCAAAGUACAAUCCAAUUUCGCUGUUCGAGGCUGUAAUCCAACAACGGAAGGUGGAGCUUCGUCGAGAGCUGUCCGUGUUAAGGGAUGCUUCAAGGGACCUUCGCCAAAACAACUUUCGACUGCUUGGCAGGGAAGCAUGUGAAGCCUCAAAGGCUCCAGACGCUGCGCUGGACGAUUUGUGCGAGGUGCUAUUGAGUGCAAGGGUGCUUUUUGAAAAGCUGCGAGCCUUGAGUUUGUUGGCAGCGGGUCAAGCAGUGGAGGACCUUAUUCUGGAGUUGUAUGAUGUUGCAGGCGCACCAAGUGAGCUUCCUGCUGAAUGCUUUCAGGAGGCCUUGGAGGCUGAAGAAAGGCUGCUUGGUUCCCUUCAGGAAACAUGGGGCGACAGAGAGGCAAUGCAGUUGGUAGUGCAGCUGUACAAGGAGACACGCCCCCAAUGGGCUUUGGCCCUGUUUCUGCUCGGGCGUGCUGCGCAUGACCUGUCUUUGAUCAUCAAUGCUGGAAGGCCUGUGCAAGAAGAGGGUUUCUUGAAGGACUUGGGCUUCGAACAGGUUGGAGACAGUGGCUUAUGGGGACGAGUGACAGUGAUUGAUACUGACAUCAAGCCUGCUGCACGUAUACCCAAGUAUGCAAAAACGCUGCGGAGUUACUGCCAACAUGAACUGGUGCAACCCCUCCUGUCUUGCAUGAAAGCAGGCUCCCUGUGGCCCCUUGCGGCCUCUGCGGCCUCGGCAGCCCGAGCAGUGCAGAGGCGCUGGGAGAAUCGUCGUUCCGAUGCCCAGCAGGUGCACAACCUUCUGAUGGACACGCCUGCAGCAGCUGAAUUGAAGUCCUGGGGAGGUCGCUACAAAGAAGCGAAGGAACUUGCUAGCGCUUCCCUGUUUGUGGAAUCCGUGUUUGCUGACUGCAGCGGACAGGAACUCUUCGAUGUGGCCAUUCCGCUGUUGAAAGCGGAGACGUCCACAGAUUGCACAUCUCUUCUAGAGACCUGCGAAGCCAUGAAGGCCUUCUGCGACCGAAACCUCGAGGGCACCCAGGACAGUCCGAUGAACUUCGCCCUACCAGCUGAGAAAGGCUCCGGUGAAUCAGAUGAUCCUGGAGCAGCAGGUGCUUCUUCAUCUGGUGAAUAUCAGGGUCCAAUCAUUGAAGAUAUUACGGACGAGGUUGAGGUGCCAGCAGAGGCCACUAUCGAAAAGAGAGGUGGGAGGAGGCCUUUUGUCACGCUCAGAUUUUUAGGCCAGUGCUGCAGCUGCAGCUUCAUCUUCUGGCCCUUCCUCAUCCGCUGCCCCGAAAGGCUGCGGAGGGGUCCAUGCGGUCCAAAUGUUUAA